AUGGCAGAACCUGUACGACGAGCGACAGCACCUGUACCUCCAACUGAGGAGGAUGCAGCCAUUCAGUCUUUUCCUAGACGCGCGACGGCUCCGGAGGACUCGGACUCGCGUCGCAACCGGCACCGGUACACUCUCUUGGAAGCCAAGGCGACGUCCAUGCCGUCUCUAGCUCGAGACACCCCGUCCGUGUCGUCGUCCAACGCUGCAUUGGAGCCGGGCAACGUCGAGGGGUUCCGUCACUUAGCUCACAGUAUCGUGUCGCGGACGUUGGCUGUCGAAUGCGAGUUCGACCGCAUGGGACGCCCCGAACAGGAUGAGCACGCGUGGAAGAUGCUCAAGAAGCAGAACCGCCUACGGGUCUACAAACGUAAGGCACAGCAAACAGCUCAACUGGAUCAGAGUCGAGUCGGAGGUUCGUCCAAGAAACCUCCGAUGGUGAUCUGUGUCGGCUCCGUUGAGGGCACCGUGGAAGAUAUUCUGUACGGGAUACACGCUAAGACUCGCAGUGAGAUGGGUGCGACUAUGACCUUCAUGAGGAGAAGCCCGCUCGACUGCGACGUGCUUGCCGUACUGGACGGCGGCUCGAAGCGUGACCCGUUCCGUCAUCUUUCCAUCAAGUACCUCCUAGCUGAGACUUUCGGAGACGCGCGGGUAGUAAACAAUCGCGACGUCUGCACGCUCGAGUCCAUGGGCUUUGGACACGACUCGAGAGGAAAACGCUACGGCUACUAUCUUCUCCGAAGCGUUGAUAUCCCAGAAUGCUCGCCGUUACCUGAAGAUAGUGGCGUGGUCCGAGCUAGUGUCACUAUGUGCUGCAUCUAUCGCCAAGCUCAAGGUUCCGUGAAGGUCUAUAGCAAGGCGAUGAUUGACCUUGGAGGGUCUUUGCCUGGCUUCAUGGCCUACGACGCAGCCACCGAGCUGCUGCUCUCUAACGCUGAGGCGAUAACCAGUGCCACUGCCAAGCGCCUGACUGUAUUAGCGCGCCAAAACUACCACACCAGAAAGGCCCAAGAACCGGAAGAUCUGACCUCGUCCUCCGAGUCGGAGCUGCUGUUGAGUGGCUCUCGCUAUGCCAAAUCGUUCAACUUUCGUAGUACAAAGUCCGUCUCAUCGAUGGCGCCAACCCACACGGAUGAGGAGCGGAAGAUGCCGAUCAAACCCUGCAGCGUAUGCGGCAAGAAGCCCAAGAUGGCCAAGCUCGUUCGCUCCACACAUCGCAAUUGCGGUGUAUGCAACCAAUGCGUCUGCACCAAGUGCAGUAUCAAGCAGAAAUUGUACGCACGCGCGGAACCAGUCGCCGUUUCUUGCUGUAAAGUCUGCAUCCUCGCAGCCAAGCAGCUGAUAGUGGACCCACGCGAUGCAUUCCCGAUGAUCCCAUGA